AUGUCUCGUGUCGGUGUGCUUGUUUUGGGCCCUGCUGGGGCCGGUAAAAGCACUUUUUGCAACUCCAUCAUUUCCCACAUGCAAACGAUAGGACGCAGAGCUCAUAUUGUAAAUCUCGAUCCAGCUGCUGAACCAACAGAAUACGAAUUUACAAUCGAUAUAAGAGAUCUGAUAUCACUAGAAGACGUCAUGGAAGAGUUGCAUUUGGGUCCCAACGGCUCCUUGGUUUACUGCUUCGAAUAUUUGAUGAAUAAUCUUGACUGGCUAGAAGAAGAGUUAGGUGAUUACAACGAUGAAUACCUCAUUUUCGAUUGCCCGGGACAGAUUGAACUGUACACGCACAUUCCGGUACUGCCCGCGAUAGCUCGUCAUCUGCAAACACAGUUGAACUUCAGUUUAUGUGCUGCGUACCUUCUGGAAGCCUCAUUUGUCAUAGACUCAUCGAAAUUCUUCAGCGGAGCUCUGAGUGCAAUGUCUGCUAUGAUUCUCUUGGAGCUUCCGCACAUCAACAUUUUGAGUAAAAUCGAUUUGAUCAAAGAUGAGUACAGCAAGAAGAAACUAAAAAGAUACUUAAACCCGGAUCCUACACUACUACUAGAUUCAACAAACGAGACCUGGAAUCCAAAAUUUCAAAAACUGAACAAAACUAUCGCAAAUCUGGUGGACGAUUUUGGAAUGGUGCAGUUCUUGCCUCUGGAGGCUAAGAACCCAGACAGUGUAUCUGCUAUUUUGAGUUACGUCGAUGAUGUGACCCAAUGGGCUGAGGGUCAGGAACCAAAGGAACCAAACGACCAGAUUGAACUGGAUGACAUGUAA